AUGCUGAUCUGUGAACUCCUUCGCGGCAUCAUCGCAUUCUCGCUUUCGGUGUCUAGACGGUCUUUUUCAUCGAAGAUCACCAGUGUUGAGGCUCCCCAUCGAUCAGUGCAAUUCUUCCACGAUAUGCGGAUGAGUUUCGUCAACCAGAUCGUGCUUAUUGCUUCAAACCCGGCCCGGGUUUUCAGAUACACAAAUCUUUCCAAGCUCAUAGUGGCAAGUUGGAGAACUAGAUCGUUGAUUUCAACGCGUCAGUCAUGCUGUACGCGUACCAUGAACCCCAAAGUCCGGGUCGGUGUGCUCGACGAUGAUCAGGGUAGCCCGGCCAAAGAUCUCACAAGGAUCGGGAACAAGAAGUGA